UUACUUCCAAUGAAAAAUUUCAAAAACAACUGUUGGUUUAAUGCCAUUAACCAAUUGAUAGUGACAACUCAAGAAGUGAAGAAUAUGUUUGUCAAAUCAAAUGGCCCCACAGAAACGACCACUAUGGCCAAAGGACAAGAUUCCAUCCUGGUUGAUAAAAUACAUUCUCUUUACAAAGAAGUGCAUGAUAAUUCUAACAUAGACUGUCUCGAUGAUAAGAUUAUCAAACCUGCUUUACGUGCUGCACUUAAAGCACUCGGAGAGCAGGACAACCAACAGGUAGAUGCUCAUGAAUAUGUUACAAAACUUGCAGCAACAUACCUCAAAGUGAAAGGGAUAGAUACAGAUAUAACAAUUCAAGAAUCUGAAGAGUGCCUUGAUUGCUAUAAGAGUAAGACCCAGACUGUGAUUACCUCAACUUUACUUGUUUCAUUGCCAUUCAAUUUUAAACUACCACUCCUUAAGUUUUCUCUGCAACAGCUUAUUUCUCGUCUAACAGCAAUCCAGACCCAGAAUAGUAUCGGUAUAUGUAGUAACAGUUCUCAUACAUGCAAAACUAAAAAGAACAUAACGUCUCUCCCACUCCUUCUUUUGGUCAAUAUUGUCAGAUCAAUGUUUGUUACUGAGAUUCAACAAACUGUAAAGGUACGCAAUGUAGUUGACAUUCCAGAGUAUAUGACUGUAAACCAUGUAAGAUAUCGACUACAUGGUGUAGUUUACCACCAUGGUGAACAUACAGACAGUGGGCACUAUACUGCUACAAUAUUUCACCCAUCAGAUGAUGUAACUGUCCAUUUAGAUGAUACAGUGAUUAGGCCAAACAUCUCACGUGAAGUCCACAAAGGAGAUGCAUAUGUUUUAGCCUAUACGAAAAUACACUCAACAUAUUUACCAUCUAUAGAAGACUUGAGUAGAUUGAUGUGCAUUAUAAAUAGCACAAAGGGGGGAAAAGCAGUGCACAUGAAGCAAGAAAACAGAACUGUGUCACAGUUAUGGUCAAAUAUCCACAAACUGUAUGAUUCAUUAAAUGUUACAGAUAAGGAAUGUAGGCCUACUUUAUUUGGCUUAGUCCAAAGUGUGUUGUCUAAGGCUGACCACUGCUUUGGUACUGUGUAUGCCAUGUCUUCAUUUUGCAAUCACUGUAGUAACCCAGCAGUGUGGAAAUAUAGGAAGUUCAUCAUUACACAGCUAAAUGAUAUAAACUCCGAUAGUUUUGCUAAAGUGAUACCAUUACAUGAAUCAGAAUUACAUAAUUUGAUUUCAUGUAAGCAUUGCAACAGUGACAGGGUUAUAGCACCAGCACCUUAUCCUGUUUUUCUUCCCCCUACAUUAGCAUUAGCAGCUUGUAAUCCUGAAGAAAUUGAGACAACUUUGUCUAUAAAACAAAAUGGGAUCAUGGGUAUGAAUCCAGUUGUUCAUUAUAAUUUAUCUUAUCUCAUCUUACAACACAAUGAUCAUUCAAUUGAUUUGUAUACAAUCACAGAUGGUGAAGUGAUGAACAUGGCUGUUACUUCUUCAGGUUUGGAAUCCCCAAUUCAGAUGGGAGAAUUACAAGCAGAGUGCAAAAAAGGUGUUAGUGUAAUUGCUUUCUUUGACAGGAUUGAACCUGACUUGACGAAUAAUGUAACAUUGUAUCACUCCAUCGGCACAAAUAGGGUUGAAGAACAUGUUUCAAAUACCAACAUUCAGCAAUACUGUAACGCUAGUCCAGAAAUGCAAUCUUUUGUCAACAAUCACAAACAAGAUAUUCGAAUAGAGAAGGAAAUUGUGGAACGCCGGUCAGUCGAAAUGCUUUUGACAAACAAGUGGGUAAAUGACCAAGUGAUAAACACUUACAUGACUUUAAUUUUUCAAAACAGUCCAAAGUUUGGUUUUCUUGAUUCCUUCACUGUUCCUCGAUUUAACAGGCCUAUUGAAGAGAUUGCUGUUACUGCAAUCCGCAACAGAAAUGUCAGAGACAAAAUAUUUAACAAAGAAGUUUUAGUAAUGCCAAUAAACCAUAAUGAACAACACUGGCUUCUUUUGGUAGCAUAUCCUCGCCUUCAUCAUAUAAACUUAUAUGAUUCACUUGGAAGACAAGUAAGUUCAUACAAUGUUUUAUUAGACCGUGCUACCAAAAUAAUUUCCAUGCAUCUUUCAGCCAUAGACCCUUCUCUUCCAUAUGAUUCCCAUGACUGGACCAUAUUUUCUCCCUCACUGCUCCGAACAUUUCCCCAACAAACUGACUCAAUAAAUUGUGGGGUAUUCAUUGCCCUCUUUGCAAAAUGUUUAGCAAUGGACGCUAAUUUUGAGUUUCCUACAACAACUACUUUUAUGGAAAAUGUGCGCUAUACCAUCGCAUAUGAAUUAGUUACUGCUUGUGUUCUGGGUAAAAAAAAAGAUGAAUCACAAGGAGAAGGUGCAACAGGAAAUAGACCAAAUGUUCCAACUUAUGAAGAAGCAAUGAGAAUGAAAAACAAUGUAACGGAUCAUAAUAAUCAUAGGCAGCAUAUUGUAAAUGACCACUCUUAUUACUUGAAUAUUCAGUAUGAAUUGCAACCUGAUCAGGAUGAAGGUCCAUCCACAAUUGAAAAUGAAAGUUCUUAUGACCUUUCAUCUCAUGAAUGUCCACAACUUCCACUUGAAAUGUGGGAUAAAAUUAUGCGUAUCACUUUACGAUCCGACUACUCUCAGAUAUAUAAAUUUAUAAGACUCAAUUCAAUAUUUAGAUCUUUAGCAUCUAGAUAUCUCAAAAAAAUUCAUAUAUCUCCUGGGCUUGCAGAAAAGACAAUCAACGCAGCAGGAUGGUUGAGUGUGGAAGUAAUGAAAAAUACCACGGGGAUGUGGAACUAUUAUCAAAUAGUCCGUACCCUCAUAUCGAACCAUCCCGAUUGGGAAACGGCCUAUAUAAAUUUGGUGGACUGUGAUGACUAUUACAACCCUGACUGGUAUUUUAUUAAGGAUAUUUGCUGGGUGUAAGUUUUGGUCAACAAUUCAGAGAAUAACAAAGUAUUAAUUGAAUAUAUUCCCUCAAUGAAUGUCAGAAUAAUCAUCGAUUAUUCUAUUAAUGUAUCAAAAUACAAAAAUACAUUGUGGGUAUGAGGCUUUGAUAGCCAAAUACCCGCCAAAUACGCCUCGGGUACCCAUUUUAAGGGCCCAAAUAUAACAUAUACGUAACACUAAUAAGGGAUUCCUUGAACAAUAAAUAAUAUCUCACUGCUCUGUUCCAAUUUUUUUGAUAUUUCCAAUGAUAAUGAGGAUAAUAAUGGACCUGGUACUUUUGAAAGUACAUGCAAUUCAGUGAUACAUUUAAUAGUAAAUUUUAAUCUUAUAAGGAAAAUAAUGUUCUUUCAACGUUUCAUUUAAACAGUCAAAGUUUGGCGUCCAAAUAUGAGCUUUCAGGAUUAUAUUUAGAGUUUACACCAUACAUUUUCAAUAUAUGCAUUUUCAGAAACGUGGUUCAGGCAAAAUGUUCCAUCUAUGCCAUUAUGUAUAGGAUACUCUUUUUUACACAAAACAUGAAAAACUCGAUU